AAAAAAAAACAAAAAAAAAAAAAAUAUUCAAUGUUUCCAUAAUUAAAAUUGUUAUUAAAUUAGUAGAUAGGGAUAGGUAAACAAGAAACAAAUAAAGAGUAACCAUAGUAUUAAAUAUUCAAUGUCGGUUUUUAGUUUACAUUGAUAUAUAUAUAUUCUUUAUAUAGUAUAUAUAUAUUCAUUAUUCCUUCCUUUUCUUUUUUUUAUGAAAUAAAAAUCAAAAUUUCGUUCAAAAGUUUUUUUUCCUCACUCUCGUGAUUUUACUUCCAUUUUAUUAAAAACAUAAUGUUACGCGGAGCGAAACAUAUACUAAAAAAGAAAACACAUUUAAAUAAUAAUGGUAAUAAAGUUUCAAUCAAGAAAACUACUACGGAAAUAAAAGAGUUUGGUAAUAAUGUUACUAUAGAAGAAACUCACUGGAUUGUUAAAAAAAGUGCUGAACAGAUCCGUUUAAGAGGAUUAAGUUCAGUUAAUAUAUUUAAACCAACGCGCAUUGGUGAUGGAGGUGAUGAAGUAAAAUAUUUAUUAAAUUGUUUAUUAAAUGAAAAUAUAUCAGAAUUUGAAGAUGAAAUCAAAAAUCAAGAUUUAAAUAAUAUAGUUUCUGCGAUGAAAUGGACAUUACGACAUUGUAAUAAAACAAUUAUACCUUAUAGUAAUUAUGAAUCUUUUGAUAGACUUGAGCAAGGGAUUAAUUUUGAUGUUCAUAAAGGACUAUUUUCUAAUUAUUUUUUAAAUUCUAUACCAAAUUUAAAUAGAGAUAUUGUUAAAGAAUUAUUUGAUGUUUGUAUACAAAUAACUACCACAACAACAUUAUCAUCAUCUAUAUCAUCUUCAUCUUCAUCCUCUCCUACUUUAACAACACAUUCUGAUAUUAAUACUAUGAACGCUCAAAAAAUCAUCAAAUCUUUAGCAUUCUGUUUAAUAGGUAGUAAUAAUAGUAAUGAUGACGAUGAAAAGAGAAAAAUUUUUAAUAAUUUUGAUGAUGCUUAUAAAGAAUGGAUUAAAUGUUCUAAUGCUUGUUUGCAUUUAUUUUUGGCUUAUUUAAGAGAAUUAUCUAUUGAAAUUGAAUUACCUCCUCAUUUAACUGUAUUGCUGGACAAUUAUGUUGAAUUAAGAAAAAAAGCAAUCAAUGAUCCUUCAGUAUAUCAUCAAUUUCAACAUAAACAACAAGUUGAUAAUAAUGUUGUUGAUAAAUCUCAACAAGAAGAACGUGAAAUUUUUCAAUCAGCGGAUGGUCUUGAAUCACCUGAAAGACCUGAAAUGUUGGAUAAUUUGAAUAGACGUACUAUAGUACGUACGAGUACUCGUACUCCAAUUGAAAAAAAUUGGAAAGAUUUUUCUAGAAAAGGCUUUAAAAGUUUUUAUUUGGAGCCUCUUUGGAUUCUUCAAUUCAGACAUUUUUACAUAAAAAGGAAGAAAACAAUAAUCAAAAUGUGAAUACUAACGGGGGAGGAAAGAAAAGUCAUAAAAAGCGAGUAAUAAAUUUACGUUCAUUAAAGAAAAGGUCUUCUGAUUCUAUUAAUGCCAUUGCUAGAAAAAUUGAAGAAAAUGAGCAAGAGGAAGAAGAUUGGGAAGAUUGGUAUGUUAUAGAUCCUGCACAAGAUUUUACUGUUACAACACAUUUGGCUAUUCAAAUGAUUGAUGAAAUAUUUCCUUAUAUCUGGAUUGAAACCACUGCUGAUGAAGCUACGAAUCGUUGGGGUGAAUGGGUUUUUAUUGAGCCUAGACAAGACUU